UCGCCUGCCAAGCAGGCUUCCCCUCGGUGUCCGUAUUAACCGAGUUCCAUUAACAUUAAGAGGAAAGACAAGGUCAGGUGGAAUGUUUUGGAGAGAAAAGCGGACAAAUACGCUGUGGAAAGUCCUUACUGAUUAUUGAUAAGAAAUGAUAGACUGAAUUUUCUUCUUGUAUUUAGGUUCUUGUUGUUUAUUAGAUGAUUCAACCCACACUGGUGUGCUGGCGGAAGUCAUUCCUUACCUUAGUAAAGGUUUGAUAAGUCAGUUACAGCUUUUAUUAGGAAAGAGACCAUUGCAUUUAAAUACACAACCUAUUUAAAUGAGACGUUCUGGCAAAGCCUGAAAACCAAUUCAGGCUCGUUGCACGGGAUAAAGGUUUUAAAAAUCCUCCGAUACAAGUUUCAUUACUUAACUACACAGUGUCUUUAGAAGGGUUAUGAUAACUUCAAUGGUGGGGUUAAAUUAAUGGUUCGGAGCAAUUUUAACUGCAAAAAGGAGGUAUUUUCCUGUGUGAUAGAACUAAAAUGACUUCAAAGGAAGGGUUGUUUAUUUUAACUCAAAAGUUCGGGAUAAAUAUGGUGUUAAAACAAACCCCCAAAAGGGGUCAUUCUGAACCUAAAAUUUUAACUGCUCUUUUGGAGUUAAAAUGCAUAGUUUGCUGAAAAGUACUGUCUACUAUACAGCUGUUCAGGUCGAUAAAGGGACGUUUUUCUGUUGCGCGACGGUGCGCCAAAUACUGAAGUAUUUUAUAAGUGCUCAUACAGGAAAAGUGUUGUUAAGGAGUAAGGAGGGAAGUGGAGAAGGCAGAGUAUUGUGUAGUGUCCAAUGUACCAAUAUUACUUAGAAGAGUCGUUGUUUAGCGCGGCAAAAGAUAAUGCAUUGGGUAAAGAUUGUUUUUCUUUUAACUCUUUAUUACAGUCAUCCCUCACUGGUCAGGAAAUGUUGCCAAACAUGACAGGAGAGGCGAUAAAGGGGCUCCAAUCCUUCUCUUAGUAUCAUCAGCAGCCACUAGAGCUGUGGAUCUGAAUAGGUUAGUAGGAGAUGGGUCUUAGCCAAUCUUUGUUAAGGUCAACGUUUACAUUUUGCCUUACUGGUAAAUUAACUAAAGCAGUAUAGUGGCGUUCUUUAUCUACAACGCUGCCACGCUGUAGACGUUAAUACCUGUAGACGUGAAUCAUAAGUAAAUCAAACUCUUCUCUGUUAUCAAAAUCAUUUCGAGAAAAAAUGCACCAUUCCUUUGAAGUGUGAGUAGAGAUCUGGAAAAUAACAUGUAGUACGUGAAGAAAAUACUGGACGGCAGAAGCAAUUGAGUUCAUGUGAAGAAUACGACGUUUGAAUUUGGAUCGGCUCAGCCCAGCGUUCUUCACGCCUGGCUCAACCGAGAAUACGGCUGUGGACCAGCUUUAAUUCAGACGUCGAACUUAAAAUGAGCAGAACAAAAUGCAUUAAAUUUUUAUAAUGCAGUUUACCGAAAUGCGUGUUUUUCCCUUUGAAUUUUGUUCGGCUGGAGUAAAGAUCGGCGUCUGGAUCAAUUCAGGUGGCCUUGAUUCGGCCCAUGUGACAGAAGUACGGCGUCUUACCCGGGCCUUACUGGCAGUGCUUUUCUUUUAUUAGGGACUUUAAGAUUCAACGACGCGGACGGUAACGAGAACGUAAAAAAAACCAAUAGGUUUUAUUAGCAAAACAACAACUUUGCACGUGCACCAUGUUUUUUUGUACAUUUCUCCGCCCGUUUUUGCACGACUACGACGUGAACAUACCUAAUUUCGCGUUUUACCAAGGACGUAAACAAGCAACGAUGAAAUUUUAUUUCUCUUACUGUACUCGGAUAUGGUGCCUGGGAAUUCAGCUCCAGGAUGGUUCGCCUUCAUUCGACAAAGUAAGUGGGUAGGAAUAAUUGCGAUAAAGACCAAAAGAACGUAAAUUCACUUUUUAAGCGACGUUCUCAUUACCGUCGCUUUCUGAAGAUAGAAGCGAGUAACUGCAAUAAAGAGUCACGUGUAACGUGAGGAUUUUUUUUGUGUAUAGGUCAGCAGCAGAAUUCAAAGGAAACUGUAAAACUGUUAAAUUAUUUGCCAAGCACAUGAAGGUAAUGUUACUUUUAUCUUUAAGGGAUUUCCAUUUGUGCUGGGCAGGUGAAGGAGGCAGGAAACGAUGGGUUUCAUGGAAACAACAUUCGCCCCUACUUACUAUUAUUCUUUCUCUUACGUUACGAUCUUUAGAGUGGAAAUAAGGUCAAACAGCGAGCUUCUCAUGUGAAUCCCCACUUUUUUGUUUGGAUAUUUGGUCAUUUAUUGUCACAAUUGUGCUAAAAUUAGGGGAACGCCAAUUCCUAGCCUGCAGAACAGGCGUUAUUUUUUCGCGUUUUUCAGGCGUGCGAAAGCGCAGCGAAGCGGGCGUGGAGCGCGAGACAACCGCGGCCUCCCCCGUUGCACGUGUCUCGCGCUCCACGUCCUCUUCGCGCCGCUAUCGUUCGCCUGAAAAACACGAAAAAAAUAUAAUAAAAUAACACCUGUUCUGCGGGCUACCAAUUCCCUUAUACACAUGCUGAUUUUGUGAAAUGAGAAAACCCAAACGUGUAGUUUAGGAACUUUUCCUGAAUGUUAAACAUUUUUCCUGGUAAUCUAUAGCCAAGGACAAUUAUUGAUGGUUUCCCAAAACUGGUUAUCGUAUGAAUACAGUAACGCGUAACAAAACUGGAUCAUUACGUUUAGUUUUGAUUUCUGAGCAAGUUUUAGUGCGACUUGUUACUUAUUUUUUUCUAACUGUGAAUGUUUGUUACCACUGAGUUUGUGAGGAGUAUACAAGCUAGUAACUUGAAAAAGGUAACGUUUUUUUCAGAUGUCCGAGCAAGAGUCUUUUCUCGAGUCACAUGUGGUUCACUUUGGUAUUGGAACACCAAGCCGCAUACUUAAGCUACUGCAAAAUGGUAAAUGAACUCCACCUACGAUCAUAGGAUUUUCGCGUUUGUAAAUACUUUAAUCUUAAUGACUCAUUUGCUCUAAAGCCAUCCGUUUUGUGCAUAGUUAUAAUAGGGAACUUACAAUCAACCACGACGACGGCAAUGUCUAAAGCCGGUGAUGUUACACGGAACAAAUCGCAACGACGAUUUUUAGCGCAACACAGCGUUGCAUCAUUGUUGCGAUAUUGUUUCGAAUGGCUGCAACAUUGUUCCAGUAUAGACCUUGUCACGGUUUUCGACGCCAUCUUGACGAGUAGGCAAACGCGUGAGAAAUUACAGUGUUUGUAUGAGAAUCCAAUGUCGAAUAAUUUCCGUAAAACGGCUGUUCUGGAAAAAAUAUGAACUGUAAACUAAAGCUACACAGCAAAGGAUUUUACCAACAAAUUUUGGGGGCCUUUACUGUGCUUAAAUUUCUCCUGAAGCUUGCUUGAGAUCUUUCAUAUAUUUGUCUGCAAUUUUUCCAAACAAAUCUAUAGAGGAUUUUAAAAAAAGGUUCUAGGUCUUCUAGCCCAUGUAACGCCCUCAAAUUUUUUCAGUAGAAUCCUUAAGAGUGAAGCUUUAGUUUACAGUUAGCCGUUUUACGGAAAUUAUUCGACAUUAAAAAAGGUUAAGGUUAAAGGCUUGUUUAUAGUGGAAAUUGCACUUAGCUUGUCCAGCUAAUUUACAGGCACUCCACUCAAAUAUUUAGAAACAAAUAAUUCAAAUACAACAUAACAGGAUUAAAAACCCCAACUGGCAGAAGGCGACCAGUUGGCUAUUUACAAGCGUGGCCGAGAAUUUGAACUUGGGACGACCGAGCACAAAUCCAGCAGGUGGCCAGAGCGGGACUCGAACCCGGGACCGCCGGAUUGCGAGUCCGACGCGCUGACCACUCGGCCACGCUGCCUCCCUAAUUAGAUACAUUAUAUUAGAUUCUCAUACAAACACUGUAAUUUCUCACGGGUUUGCCUACUCGUCAAGAUGGCGUCGAAAACCGUGAGAAGGUCUAUUGCAACGCUGUGUUGGGCUUAAAAUCGUCGUUGCGAAUCGUCCCGUGUAACAUCACCUUAAUCAAGCUCCAUACCACUGUAGCAGAUGUUUCGGUUGUAGGAGGCACAAUGACUUAGUUUCUGAUUGGUGAAUAAAAAUUGUUUAUUUUACCCCAAAACAAGUACUCUGUAAAGGAUAUUAUUUUUGUAUUCAUAGACAAGAAAAGGCUUUGUGUAGUUACUUACCAUUCUAUGAGUAUCCAAAGUCCAUCCGAUCCUGAGGAACUCCUCCGCUAAAGAUAUACGAGAUUAGCAGCUUUAGGCCUCCCGGCAUGGCGUGUUUCAAUCCAACCUGGAAUUGGCGGAAAGUUGCCGCGAAUUACAAAAAUUAAAGCGUAUGUGACUUUGAAUUGCCUACUGCAAGGCUUUGGUCUUCUCGCCAACUUGCCCAUCACGUAUUAAAGAAGAUGAACGGGUCUUAAGACCAAACAUCAGGUUUACCAGCACCACCGUUUUUAAAUCCAAAUCCACUUCAGAUUUUGGUGAAGUUUUCGAAAAAUAUGUUACUCGCCAUCGGCUUGUGAUUUGCAAACUUUUUCCAACAGUCCACGGGGCAUAUUUUGCCCGGCGAAACAAAACCAAUAGCAAGUGCCGUCUAUUGUUUAGCUAACUCACAGUGUGCCUUGUUUUAAUCUGUAGGUACACUUAAAACAUCAAGGUUAAAAUAUGUAAUACUUGAUUGGACAUGGCGAGAUCAAAAGCUUCGAAGAAUGAUCGAUAUUCUAGAGGUACAGUAAAAUUCAAUAGCUGUUUUCUUAGCGUGUAGUUAUCUGAACAGUAAAUUAGUCCUGAUAACCCUGCACUCGAAAGCUGUUUGUUUUAAGGGCUAAAUACUUGAACAGGAAAUAUGGUUUUAACUGGGUGUUUAAAAGUGGUAUCAUUGAAUACCCCGCUCAGGGUACUGUAGGCCAGUCUUCGUCCAAGCCUUGUGCAAUGCACAGAAACAUGUCUGCAACUCGCCGACUGAGUCUCUUUUUCAUUGCGCUAAAUUCUGGCAAUCGUUAUUUUCUUUUGAGGUUUUACGUUACAACUCUUCCUUCGUUACUUUGAUAUAUGAAAUUAAACUGGCCUUUUUCAAAACAAACCAACAACUUCCUAAAGUAGUUUUGGUGAACACGGUUUUUUUAAGAUGGCUUUCCGUAAGCGUUUUCUUACAUUUUUCCUAUCACUGAGUCUAGGAUACUAAACUAUAUAUAUUUUUUCGUUUUUAGGUGAGAGGGGAGCUUAUUAAUCUCCUAAAGGAUUUUGUAUUUCCCUUGGCGAAAGCUUCAAAACUUAAGAUUGGAUUAUUUUAA